GCUAGCACUCUAGCAGUUAGGCGCCUCGCCAGUAGUUUUUGUUUUGAUCUCUCCGUUUUGGUGCUUAGUCAUUUUCGGAUCGUCUCGUCAGCAAUUUCGCAAGACUGUCGCCAGUGGUGUUAGAAUUGGAUAUCGAUCCAUUCGCGUGCAUUCCGUCCUCUGGUGUCGUGUGUGCAUUGUUUCCAACCGCGGACGCCAAGUUGGGUAAUCGUCGUCCACCGAUCAGUGUUCUCAAUAAUCUCUCGUGGUAGCGGCUGCGAUGGCCACAUUGAACGAAUCUUUGAUCCUGGCGUUGGAGCGGACCAACGCCAAAGAUCGAUACGUUACGGGAGCGGAAACGCUGUUGCGGCUGCUGGAUAACAUCAUCCGGGAACCCGGGAAUGAGAAGUACCGCUCGGUGCGGCUGGAGAACAAGGCCAUCAAGGAGAAAUUGCUGUCGGUGUCCGGAAUGAAACCGCUGAUGCUGGAGAUUGGCUACGUGGAGGCGAGUGGCACAUUGACCCUUCCCGCGAAUGUAGUCAUUGCCAAGCUGCGCAAGUAUCGAGAUUUUAUCAACGAACGCAAAGAGCUGAUGAAAAGCCCACCCUCGACGUCGUCUGCGUCGGCGUCGAUUGUUCAGUCGUCGCCGUCGCCUGCCCUGUUGGAAGCGAAAGCGAACGCGGAAGUGAUUGUUGUCCCGAAACCGGUCAUCCGAGCCGGGAAGUCGUUCCAGCAGAGAAUAGCUUUCCCGAAAAUUGUAAGCUCUAGGAAUGGAUUCCUGCAGCAGCUGGAGCUGCUCUCGGAUCAGGUCAUGCAGUACGAGGACGAACAACUGCUCCAAAGUGGGCGCGAUUUGGUUCCACUGGAAACGCUCAAAUCGCGCGCCAAGGAAAAGCUCCGGCAGAUUCAGAAGAUGAUCAAAGCUGGCACGUACCACGAGGACGAAGAACCGUGGAUGGUGGAUCUGGUGCUGGAGGAGCUGGUCGGUUGGUUCAAGGCGGAUUUCUUCCGGUGGAUCAAUGCGCUGCCGUGUGCGGUUUGUGGCAACGAGAAGACCCAACAGGUCGAGAGCCACGUGGAGGACGGAGUACGGGUUGAGGUGUAUAGGUGCUGUGGCGAGACGAGGCGAUUCUAUAGGUACAACGACGUGGAGAAACUGCUGCACACUCGCUGUGGCCGUUGCGGUGAAUGGGCCAACUGUUUCACCUUUCUGUGUCGAGCUCUCGGGUACGAGGCUCGGUUCGUCUUCUCGACCGGGGAUCACGUGUGGACCGAGGUGUAUUCGGCGCGGAAGCGUCGCUGGAUUCACGUCGAUCCGUGCGAAAAUGCCAUCGAUUCGCCGCUGAUGUACGAACACGGCUGGAAAAAGGAAAUGACGUAUGUGUUUGCCUUUUCGCGGGAGGACGUCCAGGAUGUUACCUGGAGGUACUCCAACCAGCAUCCUGUUGUUAUUAAGAGUAGGAAGAGUUGCUCGGAGAAGGAACUGCUUGAAACGAUUUUGAAGCUGCGAGCCAAGCGAAGGGAAAAAGUUUCCGGGCCUAGAUUGAAGUUCCUACGCAAACGGACGGUGGACGAAUGCCUGGAAUUGCUCUGCUCUCGACCUCCCACACAAGCGGAGUUGGAGGGUAGAAGCUCUGGCAGUUUAGAAUGGAGGCUCCAGAGAGGAGAGCAAAAGCUGAACACCUUCUAUAUAUUCAUUCCUAGCGAACAGGAGAUCAGAACGAAACAGUUCAACGUGAGGUAUUCUUGUGCCAAGGAUACCUAUGAACGAUUCCUAAAGGGGCCAACGGGACCGGUAAUGACGGAGACCACUAAGGAUUGGAAGAGUCGCCAAUAUACGAGCGAGAACGUCUUCCGUAAGGAGGAACACGACUGGAAGAUGGUUUAUCUGGCCAGAACCGAAGGCACUGCUGCGGGCACUGUUAGUUGGAAGUUUGACUUCUCCAUCCAGGGCAUGCGGGUGAAGGACAUUCAAGUCAGGAUCGGAACACAGACGUAUGAGGGAGCCAAAAUAGACGUUCAAUAUUUGAAGGAAGAUGGAACGGUGUUACCGUCGCUGCAGAGUCUGGUGGGACUGGGAAAGUUCACAAUCCAGUUGAAGCUCAGUGGUGGCCAGAUGUGGCAGCAUUCGCAAAUUUUUCGCCAGGGAAAAUAUGACGAGGGCUAUCCAUUUGAGGUAAAUGUGCAAUUCAUGUAAGUUUUAGUUAGAGCAUGAAGUAAACAUAUAAACAAUGUAGCUAUGACUUUUCCUAGUAGUUUUAUCAAAUGUACUUUAUUCCAGUUUUAGUACGAAACCAUUUUAGUUAUCCAUUAUUUUAGCGUACCGCUUUAGUAUAAGACUUUCGCAGAAGCAAUUUAUAGGCAUAUACGUACAAUAUUUUCGAAUUUUAUAUCGGAGCUUUGUUGACUCGAACGUUUUCUAGUCGUUCAGAAACGGAAAGAGGGGUAUUUUUUAUUUGUGAUCGAAGAAUAUAAACAUAUUUGCGCUAAAAAAAUGUGCUCCCCCUCGCU